AUGACGCCAAUCGCCCCGCCCACGUGCUUCCGGCCGGUGACUCUCCCCCCCCCGUCGUCUGUCGCGGCUCUCCUGAAGGACGCGCUGCUGCUGGACGUGAAGCUGGGGCAGCUGCCGGCCUGGAUGGUCGCGCGGGACUACAGCCUGAACGGGAUGGCGGGGGCCGUGCGCAGAGGUUACAUCAGCUUCCACGAUAAGUACAUCGGCGUGAAGAAGGGGGGCUUGACUGGUUUGACCAUGCUGCUCGCUGGCUACGUUCUCAUCAGCUACAUGGCAAGCUACAAACACCUGAAGCAUGACCGUUGGAGAAAGUAUCACUGCCGCUUCUCGUCGCGCAUCUUCUACCGCAAGGCGCGGCCGACGCUGCGGGACGAGGACGAGGACGAGGAGGAGGAGGAGCCCGAGCGGAGGCGCUGGGGCGGCCGCCACAACACGCCGCGCUGGUACUUCCUGCGGUGCCGCGCGCUGCUCCGCCAGGGCCAGGUGGCUGAGGCCCUAGAGCUGUUUGAGGUGCAGAUGCUGAAAGAGGAGCGCUUGUGGCCCGAGGAGAUGAACUACACUGUUCUGAUCGGAGGCUGUGGCAGGGUCGGCUAUGUGAAGAAGGCAUUCCGGCUUUACAAUGAUAUGAAGAAGCGGGGUUUAGUCCCUACGGAUCCCACGUAUACAGCCCUGUUCAAUGCCUGUGCUGAAUCGCCCUGGAAAGAUUCGGGCCUACAGAGUGCCCUCAAACUAUGGGAAGAACUAAAGAGGAAAAAUCUGGAGAUGAAUCUGAUAACCUACCACUCGCUGCUGAAAGUUUGUGCCAUCUGCUCAGAUCUCAGGUUAUGCUUCACUGUACUCAAGGAAAUUGUGCAUAAAGGUCACAUUGUCACUGCAGAGACCUUCAGCUUCCUUCUUAUGGGCUGCAUAAAGGACAAAGAGAACGGCUUCCGAUAUGCUUUGCAGGUUUGGCAACAAAUGAGACAGCUGGGCAUAAAGGCUGAUAGUUUCAUCUACAACCUAAUGCUCUGUGCUGCACGGGAUUGUGCAAUAGGUGAUCCAGCCUUGGCCUCGGAUCUGUUGCUGAGACCCACAGAGGAGAACCCGUCUCUCUCAAAGCUCACGGGUACACAGGGUCGAAAGGCGGCGGGUCAGAAAAAGAAGAAAGCAGCCAGUGAAAUUCCUGCACAGCUGGAUGUAGAAACCAUGGAAAAACAACUGUUUUUGGGAAAUUCCAGACAACCUGAGGAACAGACGGUCAGCAAGGAAGACAAAGUUGUGGGCAAGAAUCAGGCCAGGAUGGGAACUGUACAGGCUGCUGCAAACAGUGAGAGAGUAGAACAUAGCAUGGCUGGGGACUUGGUGGUCUUUGAUAGGAAUCAGACUGUUUCAGACCAACCUUCAGAAAACCAUGGUCACAAUUUGGAGCUGCCUUGCAACCCGCCCAACUUGCUGGACUCAAAAAUCUCUAAGGACGUGGUUUCUUUAGGGGCAGUAGCUACGCCUUCCAACAGAUUGGCUUUGAUGGGAAACAUGGAAGGCUUCUUGAAUAAAAUGAAAGAGGAUGAUGUGGCACCUAAUAUUAAAACUUUUACACUGUUGGCUGAGCUUGUGGAACCUCUGAGCCAGUCAGAGUCUUCUUUGCUGACAGUCAUGGAUGAACAUAAAGUGCCAGUGGAUCUGACUUUCUUUAAUACUUUACUGAGAAAGAAAAGUAAAUUGGGAGACCUAGAAGGUGCAAAGGCUCUGCUGCCAGCUCUAGUGAAGAGGGGACUAUCGCCCAAUCUACAUACUUUUUGUAACUUGGCAAUUGCCUGCCACAAGGAGAAAGAUGGACUGCAGUUACUGUCUGAUAUGAAGAGGUCUGGGAUAACUCCCAACGCCCACGUCUAUAGUACCCUCAUCAAUGUGGCUGUGAAGCGGUUGAACUACACAUACCUUAAACAGAUCCUGGAAGACAUGAGAAGGAACCAGGUGCCUCCCAAUGAAGUUAUCAUACAACAGCUGGAGUUUGCAGCUCAGUACCCACCUUCAUUUGACAGGUACAAGUCAAAGAACAACUAUCUGGAUAAGAUUGAUGGUUUCCGUGGCUACUAUUUCCAGUGGCUUAAAGUAAUGGCAGCAGAGGAGACUCCACACCCAUGGGCAAAAUACAGAACACCUAAACCUUCCUCAGACCAAGUCAGCACAGAGGAUGUGCAGACCCAGGACAAGCCGAAUCAGUAGCAGAAGGGAGCAAGUUAGUCAGAUUCCACAUAUGGAAAAUACCACUUCAGGUAUUGGGGCUACUUGAAGGCUGUUCUCAACAUCUUUAGCAGGCUGCACUGUACUUCAGAACCCAGGAAGUGUUAUACAUGUAUAUUUUGACUGCUUAAUAAAGUACCUUAUUUUGAGGGAAA